UCGCCCUGCUGCUGGGUCAGCUAACGGUGAUUGGCCGCGGAGCGGCCUGACCGCGCAGGCGCACGGAGUCAGGCAGGUUUCUCCUGACCCGACAGCGCCCCGGACACCGCUAUGCCCGAGGGCAAGUCCCCGCUCCGGGAGGUGCUGCCCAAGCAAGGGCAACUGUCAGUAGAGGAUGUGGCUACCAUGGUAUUAUGCAAGCCAAAAUUGUUGCCUUUAAAAUCUGUUACCCUAGAAAAGCUAGAGAAAAUGCAGCGAGACGCACAGGAAACAGUUCGCCAACAAGAAAUGGCACAAAGGGAGCAUCAGCAACAAAGCCAGCAAUAGAGUGCAAAAUGAUUCACCCCUUUUAAGAAAUAUUUUACCUAAAUACUGUAUCUUAAUCUAGUCAUUUGCUGUACAGUUACUAAAAAAAGAGUUCAGAAAUGGUAGAAGUCCCUUCUAAGCUUUCUUAGUUGGUGUCUUUUAUUGUACAUAUUACAUAUUACAAAUGUCUAUAGAUUUUGCU